CUCUGCGGUUGUGCAACCUCUGCCCUAUAAAUACAGAGACACUCCUGCCUCUGGAAGCCUCUGUCGGCUCAGCCUCCGAGGAGCCUCUCUGCCUUCACCGGGCAUCCCGGCCCAGCCUGCCAGGCGCCAUGAGGGUCCUCUCCUUCCCGCUGCUGAUUCUGUGCCUCCUCUGCUCCCACCUGGCCCCAGGCGCUGGCUUUCUGACAGGUCUCGGCCAGAGGUCUGACCACUACAUCUGUGUUAGGAAAGGAGGCACCUGUAACUUCUCCCCUUGCCCACUCUUCACCAGGGUGGAAGGCACCUGUUACGGUGGGAAGGCCAAGUGCUGCAUACGUUGACUCUGAGCUGGGCGUGAUGGAGAAAGGAAGUCCAGCGAAGUAUUUGUAAUCGCUGUUUCAAUAAAAGAAGACUUUUUUCAAGCA